CUGCAAUCCUUUUCUUCCUUUUUCUUUCUCUUUUUUCUUCUUUAGUUUACAUUCCUUUUCCUCUCUUUUUUUUUCGUUUCGUUUCGUUUUACUAGUUAUUAUAAAUAUAUAUAAGAUGGGAUUUGGUUUAGAAAAGUGCUGUUGCCUCAUUCCUUUAAGAUUAGGGACAUUCUUUAUUGCUAUUUGGUUUUUUGCUAUUUAUUUUCUUUAUUCUGCAACUGGAUUUUUGGGUGUAAAUGCUAUUGUGUUCUAUUCAGGACAAGCAGCAAGGCCGUGGUAUUACAUAAACUUAUUAUUUUCAGUCUUCAUUUGUCUUUGUGGGUUUUGCGGUCUUAUUGGAUCAUGUUUUUCGUCAAGAAAAUUUUCAAAGGUCUUUAGUGUGAUUGUGUGGAUAAAUGUUGAUUUAUCAUUCCUUAUCUAUCUUAUUUCAUUCAUAUUAAUCAUUUCCAACUAUAAUCGACUUGUUAAUUCAUGUCAAGUUGUUGGCUUUGUUGGUAUUGGAAAUCCUCAACAAGAAAUUACACCUGUUCAGCUUAAUAAUGAAUAUAAUUAUUAUUCGCCUGUAAAACAAUAUCCUGGUUUAUUUACUGAACAUGCAGCAGACGAAAAGGCCUGUAAAAGUAUGAUUAAAAACUUAAUAAUUCUAUUUGGAAGUCUUGUAUUCAUUAUACAAUUAAUACAGGUCUACUUUGCUUAUGUGGUCAGUGCUUAUGCUAAACGUCUAACAAAUGGAGCCCGUCAUCAUAGAUUACAUGAUCAGCAAAUAAAAGAAUUUGAGGAAUCAAGAUACAAUAUGUCAACUGUUUACUAAGUUAAAAUGUAUGUGAAUGCAAUUAUAUGCACAGAUAUGCAAGUGAUUUUAAUAAAUAAAAUAAGGACUUUUUUUUUUUUAUAAUUGUUGUUUAUUUUCAUACAUAAUAU